AUGGCUCUUGCCGGCAAAGUUGCCCUUAUCACGGGCGGUGUUAAGAACCUUGGAGCUCAAAGCGCCCUUGAGUUGGCUGGCGUGGGCGCCAACCUUGCUCUUCACUAUCACUCCUCUGAUGGUGAAAAGGAGACAGCCGCGCUUGAAGCUGCACUCAAGGAAAAGAACCCUUCAAUCAAGGUUUCAUUCUACCAAGGCGAUCUGACCACUGCAGCUGCAGUGAAGAAAUUGUUCCAAGAUGUUCUUUGUGACUUCAACCAAGUUGAUAUUGUGAUCAAUACUGUGGGAAAGGUACUGAAGAAGCCUAUUACGGAGAUAAGCGAGGAAGAGUAUGACACAAUGUUCGCGGUAAACUCUAAAACUGCAUUCUUUGUCCUCAAAGAAGCGGCUACUCAUGUGAGCGAUGGCGGGAAGAUCAUCAGCAUUGCCACCGCGCUCCUAGGAGCGUUUACUGGCUACUAUACUUCUUACGCUGGUAGCAAAGCUCCCGUCGAGCAUUUUACUCGUGGCGUUUGCAAGGAACUUCAAUCCCGUAGGAUCAGUGUGAACAAUGUCGCUCCGGGACCAAUGGAUACACCGUUCUUCUAUCCCCAGGAAUCUCCGGAAGCCGUUGAGUUUCAUAAAGCGAAUGGCAUGGGGGGUCGUCUUACCAUGAUCGAGGACAUUGCUCCUAUCAUCCGCUUCCUCUGCACGGAUGGUGCUUGGAUUACUGGCCAAACGAUUUUCGCCAAUGGUGGAUACACUACUCGUUGA